GUCUCUGAAGGUCUACUGUAAAAACCGCCAUGGUCAUCUCGUGGCUCUCCUGCCUCGCCCUCAUCAUCGGGACCCUCGUCCCUCGACCGUGCGUUGGUUGCCCGUCCGGCUGUCGCUGCUACAGCCUAACAGUGGAGUGCGGAUCUCUAGGGAUCAAAGAAAUCCCGCAUGGCGUCCCCUCUGUAACCGAGACCAUUUUCCUCCAGGACAACGCUAUAGUGCAGAUCCGUCUUCAGGACCUGCCUCGCCUUGGCAGCCUUCAUUACCUCUACCUUCAGAAUAAUAGCAUCUCAGCCCUGGAGCCGGGGGCGUUCCUCAGCCAGGGGCAGCUGCUGGAGCUGGCCCUCAACGGUAACCUCAUCCACCUGGUCACUCCGGACAUGUUUCGGGGUCUGGAGCACCUCCGGAUCCUGUACCUCGCCGGGAAUCAGAUCAGUAAAGUGCAGGACUACACCUUCAGGGGACUGCAGCGUCUGCAGGAACUUCACCUGCAAGAGAACAGCAUAGAGCUGCUGGCUGAGCAGGCUCUGUCUGGCUUGUCAUCUCUGGCUCUGUUGGACCUCAGCAGAAAUCACCUCCGCACCCUGGGGGCUUCGUCACUCAAACCGCUUGUUAGCCUGCAGGUGCUCCGUGUCACAGAAAACCCAUGGCGCUGUGAUUGUGCUCUAGGCUGGCUGAGAACCUGGAUCAGCGAAGACGGACAGCGUCUGCUGAGCUCUGCCGAACAGCGGCGGCUGAUGUGCUCUGAACCUCCUCGCCUCUCCCACCUCAGCCUGGUGGAGGUGGCUCCCAACAGUCUGGUCUGCAUCCCACCUGUGGUGCAGCUGGAGCCAAGCCACCUGACUGUGCGAUUAGGGGAGAGCCUCCGAGUCUCCUGCCAGGCCUCAGGAUACCCUCAGCCCCAAGUGACCUGGAAGAAAGCCUCCCAUGGCAAGGCCCAGUUAUCACCUCGAGGCCUGGUUCAGGAGCUGGGACCCAAUGGGGAGGUCUUCAGGCCUGGAGCUGGAGGAGUGGUUACAGCCCUGCCCAGCAGUGGAGGGAUCAAGAUUGGAGGUGUUGGAGGAAUCCAGGGGCUUGUGCGUGGGACCGAGGAGGGCGGCGAGAGGGACAGCUUUGAUCCGGACAUGGGCAGCGGCAUGCUGUUCCUCAGCAACGUGACUGUAGCACAUGCUGGGCGUUACGAGUGUGAAGCCUGGAACCCCGGUGGUGUAGCCAAAGUCACCUUUCAUCUGGCUGUCAACAUGUCUUCUUCUUCAUAUUCAUCCCAGUUCUGGCCACGUUUGAACAUGCAAUCCGUUGUUUCCUCUUCAUCUAGCUCCUUCUAUCAGCCAGAGGUUCUGGACGUUAGCCAGGAGCUGCUCUAUGAACAGGACAGCAUGGACUUCUAUGCUCUUGGCCCUGCUACGCAGACCGCCAUUGCUGUUGGUAUCUCCUUGCUGGCACUAACUGCUGUUCUCCUGUUGAUAAUGAUCUACACUCGUCACCAGCAGUUCCGCAAAGAAGAAGGAGGAGGGUCCUACUGUACCAGCAAGGAAGAGAGCAUCCUCUAUGUGAACGACUACUCUGAUGGACCCACCAUGUUUGCGCAGCUCGAAGAGUACCGCGACGACCACGGCCACGAGAUGUAUGUUCUCAACAGAACCAAGCCUGUCAUCGGCUCCACUUCAUCCAGGUGUCCCAUGAUGAGUGGGUUUGUCCAGCAGAAGGGUAUGAAAGAGGCUCUCCUGGACCACGAAAUGGUGCAGACACUGAGCAGAUCAGGGGGGAUGGGGCUUCGCAAAAACCCAGCGGACGGAAAUGAGGGACCCCUUACAGCAGAUCCUGAGGAGCUCUUCCUCAGUCAAAGUCUACUCUUCGGAUCACAGGUUGCUUAUGAAAUCCAUUGCUAAAGGGUUUAAUAAUGUUCAAAUAUGAACCAAUAUGUUGAUGGACUUGAAUAAAGACAUAAAGGACCUUGGUGCAAUCACAAUCAGCGUCUCAGAGAAUCUCAUCUGAUUGAUUGUAUUAAACUAAUGGCGCAUUUCCACUACAGCGCGGAGCUCGCUUUAAACGUGCCGUG